AAAUAUUGAAUGCUAUUCGUAGAAAGUGUAAAGCCCUAGCUAAAACCUCCACUCUUUCUCCUUUUCGGUUAGCCAAAAAAAAAUCUGGGGCCAAAUGGCCAGCAUACCUAGAUAUGCUUAUCUCCUCCGGGCAAUGGCCGCCCGUCGUUGGAUUUCGACGGAAGCGGAGGUGUUUUCAGCGGAAUCCGCGGCGGCGAUAUGUACUCCAAAGGAAGAAGUGGCUGUUGGUAGCCGUGGGAUUACAGAUUUCAUACUCAAAGCUAAGAAGGAAGGAAAGCUCAUCGAGGCUCUGGAGAAAGCUAUCAGUAAUGGAACUCCCAUCCAGAAAUGGCAUAUUAUUAGGCCAAUCAACCAAUACCGCAGUGCCAAAAAGUACAAAUUGGCCCUCCAGCUGUCUGAAUGGAUGAAUAGCAAUAAAUUCCCAGCUAAUGAUGCUGAUCGUGCGGUCCGGAUAGAGCUUCUUGCCAAAGCCAAGAACUUGGAUUCUGCAGAAGAGUACUUCACAAGGUUGCCGGAAUCUGAAAAAACUGCUAGGACUUAUGGGGCGCUUUUAAGCUGCUACUGUCUGCCGAAACAUUCAGAAAAAGCUUGUGAUCUUUUUAAGAAGAUGAAGGAAGAAAAUGUUACGUCUACUUUAAACUAUAACAAUAUGAUGAAGUUUUAUUUAAAGACUGGCCUGCCGGAGAAGGUUCCUGAACUGGUGAAAGAAAUGGAAGAAAAUAAAAUUGAUUUGGAUGUAUAUACUUACAAUCUUUUAAUGAACAGUUAUGGUGCCUUGAAGGAUUUAGAUGCAGCUGAGGGAGUCCUUGAGAAGAUGACAUCUAACAACAUAGAGAUUGACUCGUUCACUUAUGGAAGCCUUGCAACGUUAUAUGUCAAUGCUGGGCUAGUUGAAAAGGCUAGUUCGGUGCUAGGUAAGAUAGCAGUAAUGAAAAAUGAUCUAGAAGCCUUCCACACACUGAUCACAUUGAAUGCCCAAGUUUCGAAUCUGAUGGGGGUUGUGCAGGCAUGGGAAUCAUUAAAGAAGGCAUUCCCGAAACCAGGUAACAAUAGUUAUCUCAUUAUUCUCAGGACUCUCUCCAAAUUGGGAGAUCUUGAAACCACUGAGAAAUGUUUUCGUGAGUGGGAGUCAAAUUGUAAAUACUAUGAUGUGAGGCUUUCAAAUGUUCUUCUAGAGUUAUACCUAGAAAGAGACAUGAUCGAGGAAGCUGAAUCGCUAUAUAAAGGUAUUCUUGAAAGAGGUGUUCUACCCAGUUUGAGGACUCUGGAGUUUCUAACUAGUUCAUACACAAAAAAGUCUCACUUUGAUUUGGCUCUUAAGUAUUUGGAUAUGGGUGCAUCUCAGGCAGCUAAGCUGAAAAAGAAGUGGGUACUUCCAAAUGAAACUGUCAAGAGUUUUCUCAAAUAUUUUGAAGAAAACAGAGGGGCUGAGACCGCCAAGAUGUUCUUUGAUUGCAUGAAGCUGGUUGGGUGUAGUGAUGCCACACUAAAUGAUUCUCUGCUUUCCUUUAACAGCACAGCCCAGAAUGCACAACCGUAGGCUCCAUGGUGUAGUGAGAAGACACACUAUAUAUAACUGAUAUGUCUUGGACUCAUUCUCUCUCAAUAUGUAUGAGAUAAUAUGUAUAACUGAUAUGUCUUGGACUCGC